AUGGCAACCAACACCAACGUUAUCGGUUCACUAUUGUUUUGUCCUGAAUGUGGCAAUUUGCUCGAUGUACCCGGUGCUGACGACGAUAUUUUACUCUGCAAUCAAUGUAGCUAUGCCUACCAGACCGCAGGUUACGAGCAGACUAAGGUGGUCACUACAUCUUCCGAACACGCUUUUCAAUCGGCAUUAAAGGCAAAACGCAGUUUGGUACAGCAAAGUGCACAAGCUGGCAAAAAAGAAGAGGCAACUAUCAAAGAAAAGUGUCCUCAAUGUGGCAACGACGAGAUGGCAUAUCAUACCAUGCAGUUACGUUCUGCUGAUGAAGGUCAAACCGUAUUUUACAAUUGUAAGAAAUGCGGUUACAAGUAUUCCGUCAACAACUAG